UGCGGCGGCGAGGGAGGAGGAAGAAGCGGAGGAGGCGGCUCCCGCGCUCGCAGGGCCGUGCCACCUGCCCGCCCGCCCGCUCGCUCGCCCGCCGCGCCGCGCUGCCGACCGCCAGCAUGCUGCCGAGAGUGGGCUGCCCCGCGCUGCCGCUGCCGCCGCCGCCGCUGCUGCCACUGCUGCUGCUGCUGCUGGGCGCGAGUGGCGGCGGCGGCGGGGCGCGCGCGGAGGUGCUGUUCCGCUGCCCGCCCUGCACACCCGAGCGCCUGGCCGCCUGCGGGCCCCCGCCGGUCGCGCCGCCCGCCGCGGUGGCCGCGGUGGCCGGAGGCGCCCGCAUGCCAUGCGCCGAGCUCGUCCGGGAGCCGGGCUGCGGCUGCUGCUCGGUGUGCGCCCGGCUGGAGGGCGAGGCGUGCGGCGUCUACACCCCGCGCUGCGGCCAGGGGCUGCGCUGCUAUCCCCACCCGGGCUCCGAGCUGCCCCUGCAGGCGCUGGUCAUGGGCGAGGGCACUUGUGAGAAGCGUCGGGACGCCGAGUAUGGCGCCAGCCCGGAGCAGGUUGCAGACAAUGGCGAUGACCACUCGGAAGGAGGCCUGGUGGAGAACCACGUGGACAGCACCAUGAACAUGUUGGGCGGGGGAGGCAGUGCUGGCCGGAAGCCCCUCAAGUCGGGUAUGAAGGAGCUGGCCGUGUUCCGGGAGAAGGUCACUGAGCAGCACCGGCAGAUGGGCAAGGGUGGCAAACAUCACCUCGGCCUGGAGGAGCCCAAGAAGCUGCGACCGCCCCCUGCCAGGACUCCCUGCCAGCAGGAACUGGACCAGGUCCUGGAGCGGAUCUCCACCAUGCGCCUUCCGGACGAGCGGGGGCCUCUGGAGCACCUCUACUCCCUGCACAUCCCCAACUGUGACAAGCAUGGCCUGUACAACCUCAAACAGCCGGCUAACUCCAUUUGGAGCUCAGAAGAAAAAGUCUCGAUCACUUCUCAUGGAAAACAGGCUGUCUGCUGCACCUUUAGUGCAAAAUGUCUCUGAACGGGCAGCGUGGGGAGUGCUGGUGUGUGAACCCCAACACCGGGAAGCUGAUCCAGGGAGCCCCCACCAUCCGGGGGGACCCUGAGUGUCAUCUCUUCUACAAUGAGCAGCAGGAGGCUCGCGGGGUGCACACCCAGCGGAUGCAGUAGACCGCAGCCAGCCGGUGCCUGGCGCCCCCGCCCCCGCCCCUCUCCGAACACCGGCAGAAAACGGAGAGUGCUCGGGUGGUGGGUGCUGGAGGAUUUUCCAGUUCUGACACACGUAUUUAUAUUUGGAAAGAGACCAGCACCGAGCUCGGCACCUCCCCGGCCUCUCUCUUCCCAGCUACAGAUGCCACACCUGCUCCUUCUUGCUUUCCCCGGGGGGAGGAAGGGGGUUGUGGUCGGGGAGCUGGGGUACAGGUUUGGGGAGGGGGAAGAGAAAUUUUUAUUUUUGAACCCCUGUGUCCCUUUUGCAUAAGAUUAAAGGAAGGAAAAGUAAA